AUGCCCACAUCGCCCGCCCAGAGCCCCUCACCCGUGGUGACACCUGAGGCACUCUACCGACUGCCCUCCAAGCUCUACAUGAUGCCAGAGUUCUCCUACUGCGUCGCCGCCUCCAACGACGCCACGCUGAUUGGCUCCGCGUCACCACAAACCUCGGCUACUGUGAUUGGCUCCGCGUCACCACAAACCUCGGCUACUGUGAUUGGCUCUUUCUUGCCAGAACUGCGCAAACGUGAUCUUCCCUGA